AUGAGUUUAUUUUUUAAAUCACCCGUUGAUAUCGAAAUACUCUUGGAUGGAGAAGAAUCUAGGAAGCAUGUUGAUGUACUCAACUCCGUUGGAUCCAAAACUCUGAAGGACAGCAUCCCACUUUAUGAAGAUGGUGAAUCACUAAGUGGUAUGGUGACUCUGAGGGUGAAAGAGGGAAAACGAGUUGAACAUUUAGGGGUUAAAAUAUCUGUUAUAGGAUCGAUAGACAUGAUAAAGGUUAAUAGUAGCGGCGGCGGCAAUGGGGGAUCUACCAAAAGACUCUCUGCGUCCUCAAGUAGUCUUUCAGACUCAAGAAAAAAUCCUGUUGAACAAUUUUUGUGUAUAAGUUACGACCUAUGUCCAGCGGGGGAAUUGCAACAUGCCCAGAGCUACAGCUUUAUGUUUAAGGAUCUGGGUAAAAGGUACGAAUCUUACAAGGGUAAAAACGUUGACGUUUCUUACUACGCAAAGGUUACAGUGAUAAGAAAAUCUACUGACAUCGCCAAAACUAAGAAAUUUUGGGUCAACAUUUACAAUCAAGUACCAGUAUCACCGGCAGCCAUUAUCACAAACACAAAUCCACGCCCUACCAACAGCAGAUUAAGUGAAAAUUCGGAUGCGGUUAAUACUGGUACAAAUGAUAAUCAAAAUACUAUUCAAACAGAGAGCAGUUUACGCAAAGAGCCACAACCUGUAAAAUUGGAUAUAGGUAUAGAGAACUGUUUGCACAUUGAAUUUGAAUUCUCUAAAUCAAAGUACAGUCUUAAAGACGUAAUAGUGGGAAGAAUAUAUUUUUUGUUAACAAGACUGAAAAUCAAACAUAUGGAACUAAGCUUAAUCACGAGAGAAUCUUCUGGUCUUCACUCGUCCAAUUAUUUAAUCGACUCCACAGCUAUACGAUACGAGAUCAUGGACGGCUCACCAGUGAAAGGUGAGACGAUUCCAAUUCGAUUGUUCCUGGGUGGCUAUGAUUUGACUCCGGAUAUGUCCUGUAAUUAUUUCAACAUAAAGAACUACCUAAGUUUGGUUAUCGUCGAUGAAGACGGUAGAAGAUAUUUCAAGCAAUCAGAGAUUGUUCUGUAUCGUACCAGAUAA